AUGGAUGCUCAGGAACCAAAGCCGGCUGAAGACGCGACCACGCCCUCUGGCUCCCCCGUGGACGCCGAACCCAAAACCUCGACGCCUCCGACGACGUUCCUCCAGCGCACCAAGCAAUAUGUGCACCGUUUCCUGACAAAGAACAUCUGGGCCAAGGACGGCCGCAACCGCAAACAUGUUCCGCACAUGUCUGUAUGGAUUGCCGGAGUUCGCGUCUUGCAACUGCUCCUCGCCAUAGCCACACUGGCUCUGACUGCAUAUGGGGUGGCCACCAUACAAAAGGCCGUUGGGUAUAGGAGGAUCACGGUACGACAGAUCUCCAUUCGCGAUCCUACAGGCAAAUCCAGUCAAGAAAGCUGGCUGACUCUCUGGAAGAACUGGAGCGGGUCCGAGGGGUAUCCUUUUGCAUGGUUCGCCUUCUCCUGGACCCUCGUCUACCUGGCGUGGCUCGGUACAGCAGUUCUCGUUCUCCCCAUCAUGUACAACUGUUGGGUUCACCUUGGUCUUGAAAUCCUGAGCCUAGUGUUCUGGCUCAUCGUGACAUCACUUCUCGCCAGCCACUCGGAUGACCUUGAUUCCAUCGAUGCCUAUGUUACUGGCCUCGGCCCUGAGUAUAAGAAACAUUAUAAUGAGUUCAUCCAGGAAUAUGCCCGCGGAUUUGUCGUGGCAACCUUCGCAGCCACCGGCGUGGCAACUGCCAAUUUUCUCCUCUUUGUUGUCACGGUCGCUCGAUUCGGUCGUGCUCUCCAUGACAUGCGCCAAAAGUCGAACGCCAGCACCAAGUCCCAGACGACGACGCAAGCUUCUGAGGCGGAUAAAACUGUCACAUCGCCACACAUGACACACGCCAUGGCUGCUUAUCCACCAUGGGCUCACUACCCACCUCACCCUCACUACCCAUACUACGGGGCGCCUUACCCCCCUCAAUCCACCUCGUCCAACUCACCUGACGGACAGUCUGUGCCACCGGGUCCUCAUCCUUACAUGCCGGCCUAUUUCCCCAUGCCCAUGCACCCCUAUCCUCAGGGGUAUCCGACGCCAACCCAACAGGGACCUCACCAAGAUUCACCUGAUCCGCAGGACCCGAACCGACAAGUCACAGCUUCACCGGGUGGUGCCUCACAACACACGCCGUGGCCACCGCAUUCCCCGCACUACGGUCCCCCAGGCUCCAUCUGGCCGCAACACAGCUACAGCAUGUACCAGCAGCAGGUGCCAAUAGCAGCGCAGCACACGGGCCAGUCACAGCCAGGGUUCGGCUCGCCACAGUUCCCAAUGGUCGCGCCAAUGGCCACGACGAAGACUGAUCUUCAGGGCAUUCCCCCAGCCCCGUCGGCACUGGGCUCUGUGCUAGCACAUACAAGACCAGGCCUACCAGCAGAGCUCAACGACGGACAGCUUGGCGACGAGCACAUGCCCGCUGAGCUGUCUUCUCAUGACCACCCACCACCGCCACAAGUGCCGCCACCGCCACCAACUGAGCCUCUGGAAACGAUGCGACCAGCGCAGGAGGAGCUGCCGGGGAACGAAGCACCGACGGAGCAGCCAUCAGCAGCAGAGACGCCCAAAGAAGAAGAGGUACCGAGGUAG